ACGAGUGUCGAGUGUGCCCGCCAGCUGUGAUGAUUUAGUGGAUUGUUGCCAAGUUUAUUAACAUUUUUCGUGUUUUUUUACAAAAUUUCAGUACUCCUAUAGGAGAUGGAGGAACAAGACAUUCCGAUUGAUAUAAAUAGUGGUAAGCUGUUGGAUUGGCUAAUAAACAGAAGGCACUGUCAAAAAGACUGGCAAACGCAUGUGUUAAAAAUACGAGAAAAAAUCAACAAUGCCAUACAAGAUAUGCCUGCUCACCAGGAAAUUGCACAAUUGCUCUCUGGCACGCAUAUCAAUUAUUUUCAUUGCAAGAAAAUCGUCGAGAUAUUGAAAGAAACCGAAGCCGACACUAAAAAUUUGUUUGGGCGCUAUGGCUCCCAAAGGAUGAAAGACUGGCAAGAGAUUGUUCACUUGUACGAAAAAGAUAAUGUGUACCUUGCAGAAGCAGCACAGAUGCUUAUAAGAAAUAUAAAUUAUGAAGUUCCAGGCAUUAAAAAACUAAUCCAAAAAUUGGAACAGACCAAAAAUGAACUUGGGAAGAAAAAAGCUGAUUAUAAAAAGUCUGAGAACAUAGCAAAAUCGGAAUUCAACAAUCUUUGCAAACAACUGGGUAUUUCUGGUGUUAGAAUUAAGAGAGAAUUGACCGAGAGAAUAGUUGAAUUGCCAGAGAUUUAUGACAAAAUUGCAAGAAGCGUAAAAUCUCUCGAUAAAGUAGUUGAAUUUUAUGAUGCAUUUGUGGAAUACACUCUUGGUGCUAAGCACAAUGGAGGUUGCGUUCCGCUACUCAAAUAUCUUAUUGAAAAAGGAAAUACUACGACGUACGAAUGGACUUAUGGUGAGGCCCCCUUAUCUAUUAAUGAACCCAGUUUGAAUUUCAAUGUAGAUGAUGAUGUUGGAAAUAAUGAAAAAAAUGAUACAAUUGACUUUGGCCCUGUAGAGGUAGAUGGCAUAGAUUUUAACAACUUAGAUUUAGAUGGUCAAAUUGACUUCGGAGAUGACAUUCAGUUGGAAAAUGCUGAAGGUGCAAUAGAUUGGGGUGGAAUCGCAGAUGAUGAAGUUUUCGUGCCAGCUGAUGACAUAAAUUUUGAAAUUGCACUUGAAGAAUCGGGUAUUGUCGUUGAGGCUGAUGGGAAUGACGGAGGAAAUGCAAGUGGAUCGCAAGCUUGGACGAUUUUGGAUAAUCCAGAGACUAGAACUGAAUUUGUUGAUCAGUUAAUGGAGCUUGAAGCAUUUCUAAAGUUAAGAUUGUACGAGUUUAAAAGCGAUAGUACUCAAAACUUGUUGAGUAUGAGUAACAUGCAAGAGUCGUCUCUUCUUCAAAUGGCAACACUAGACAGCACCCAAAAUAUGCUAGACAAUGUUCAAGUUGUACUAUCCGAAAUGCUUGACAACAAAGCACAGCACUUGUAUAAUAUUAAACACUCACCCAGGUACGUCGAUGUCCUGGCAUCAAAUUUAAAACAGAAACAAAUGCUGGUUGAAAAAAUGGAGUCAUUGCAAAAGUUGACACAUAAUAAGCAAGAGGAAAUAAAACAGCAGGCUCUUGAUCUUCAGCCAAUGUUGAAAUUAAUUGUGCAAAAAACGAAAGAACUGCAAUCCGAAAUUGAAAGUGAUAUAUCUAAAAGGUAUAAAAAUCGGAAAGUUCAAUUAACAGGUGGAAUUCAUACUCUAUAACGUGAAACGAACAAAAUUUUAUUCUCAAAAAUUUUCACGUCGCCAAAUUGGAACUCAAUUAAGUGACAAUCUUCACAUAAAGUUUUUGUUUUGUACAUAAAAUCAUGCAUAUGAAAAAUAAAUAUAUAUAUAUUAUAAA